AUGUCUAAAGCGUCGUCUCUAGGCGCAUCAACCCAAGGUCAACCUCAUAGACGUAAACCCUUACAGCAGAUUGAUCCAGUCAUGUCGGCCGCACUCAAUAACGGCGGACUGAAAGAGCUAUGGAACGAUGAUGAAGAUUCGUUUGAAGUGCAGGUGCCCGACUUUCAUUUCGACUGGGAGUUGGAAAAAGGCAACGGGGUUAAAAGUCAGGGGACUGUAGAUGAACCACCAGUGUCUCGAUUCUCAUCCAUGUCAUUGGGCAAAACCAACAGCAGACCCAGCUCAUUGUCUCCCCCUCCAGCUGGUAUGUUAUCAUCGUCAUCAACCAAUACAAGAACUACUCCCCCUCCUCGAAACAUACAUUCGGCCAGAUCUUCCCUUUCUUCGGUACAGGUCGCUUCCUUGACUGAUGCUUCGACUGCAACUGGAUCGCCCCUCAUACCUACACCACCCGGCAGCGGUUUCUCUUCUGGAGCACGAUCUUCGUCAUCUCACCAUUUGGAUUCAGGAGGUAGUGGAAGUGGAAGUGGUAGUUCGAGCAGGAUAUAUGGAGGAUCACGGAGAUUCCAGCGUGUGGUAUCUGCUCCGGUCACAAGUCAGAAAUAUGAGGGGGAUGAGAAUGGAAUGCUUACUAUAGAGGAAUCUUCGAAUCUCUCAUCAAGCACGACUUCACAUACCGCAACGAUGCGUCCCGGCUCGACUCACGCUUCCUCUGCAUCCUCUAUACCUCAUGAAUCCUCUUCUGCAACCCUGACAUCGACGUCCACUUACAUGACUCCCGGUAUCACCGAAAGAACUCUGACAUCCACUGCGCGAUCAACGGGAAGAAGGCUUGGAGGUCUAUCCAAGUUUGGUGGACCUGCAAGGCGUGUGGUACCCGCUCUAGAGCCAGGGGAGAUUCAGGAAGAAGCUGAAAGGGGUGAUCCUGUAUUGAUCGAAUCACCUCCCCGUAAUGAACCUUUGCCCCUCCAAGAACCAGACUCCGCCAUACCAUCUCAUCAACAAUCCUCAAGCACAAGCGGUACCCACUUUGCGCAUCUUCCUCCCCGCAACCAGUAUCGAGGGUCUCCUGUGCUCCAGCAAUCGAAAUCACCGGUGAUACCGGAAGAAGACAUGUUCACCUCACAACGCUCCCAGGAACCAUUUCAAGGCCGCCUGGAACAGGUGCAUCGCUCUUCUGAUCGUCGGAGUAGUUUACAGUCAACAAAUUCUAACAUUCCCGAUGAGGAGGAUCGACCAUUCAGACCGUUCAACUCACAGGUAGAUAGGGGAAAUGGUCGCAGCACGUUAAUACCCAACUACUCACAACCACAGCAGUCGCAAUAUGACCCUUCUUAUCGGAAUGAUGUGGGAAUCUCAGCUUACCCACAGCCCAUACGCAAAUCCCCACCCGCUCCAGACAGAUACAGCCCUCAACCUCAACCUCAACCUCUUCGUGCUGUUCGACCCGCCCCGGCCGUCAACAACAUACAGAACUCGCAAACAUCGCUCGCCAAUCCUGUGACGGCACCACCAAAACUAGGGCAACAAGCAAGGUUGGACGUACAAGGACCUUCCGCGACCCCAGUAGCUGCACCCAGAACAUCAUUUGUGGUAAACUCCAUACCUUACGAGCGUUUGCAACGUCUAGGAAAAGGUGGUUCUUCGACUGUUUACUCUGUCUUGUACUCGGCACCACCGAAAAAGCGUAUCAUCUACGCUUUGAAGGUAGUUCAACUAGAUCGAGCCGAUUCCGAAACGUAUCAGAGUUAUACAAACGAGAUAGAACUGCUCAAACGGUUACGUGGCCACGACAGAGUAAUCCAGUUGAUAGAUCACCAAAUCACGUUUGGACAGGGAAAUCGGCCUCAUCGGUUGAUGAUGGUGAUGGAAUGCGGAGAGAUCGAUUUUGCCGCUCUUCUCGAUGAACAACGAGGCAAGGCGAUUAAUAUGAAUUUUGUGGGAUUAUAUUGGGAACAAAUUGGAACGGUAAAUUAUAUGAGUCCGGAAGCUAUUCAGCGUAUGAACAACCAAAAAGUGCUAAAACUGUCGUAUCCUAGCGAUGUGUGGUCCUUAGGCUGUAUCUUGUAUCAAAUGAUAUACGGUAAUCCUCCAUUCCAGCAUAUUGGCGGUGGACCUCUAGCCAAGAUGCAGGUUAUCGCAAACCCACAACAUGUCAUAGAGUAUCCUGAGGUCGCGGUCCCCAAAGCCACCGUCGGAGUUGCUCUUGAUGGACAUCCUAUCGAUCCUGCAUCUUUAGCAGUCUCUGUCGCCCCAGCUGCGAUCGAUACGAUGCAACGAUGUCUUUCAUACAGGAAAGAGCAUCGUCUGACCAUCCCUGAACUACUCCAUCACGAAUUCUUGAAACCGAAGAUACGAGUCCCAGCUGUACCACCUGGAUCGACACCCAUCACACAGAAGCAGAUGCGCAUGAUGGUGAAUUUCAUCCUACGAGAGAAUGGUCUUCCUGAACGCUCUGAUACGGACUACACAGCUGAAGAUCUGUUUUCGCAAUUACAGGCUCAAAACGCCCUCUCCAGUGGAGAAUGA